GCGCCCUAAUCUGUUAGGUUGGAAUACUCUCCAAUAUAGGUGACAAUCUGAGAGAAACUCUCAUGCUGGAUUAAGAAUGUUUAAUUAAGAAUUUCGGAGACGUUUCAGGCAGUUUUCGAAGACAGCUUAUUUCAAUCUGAGCUGAGAGUAGGAUAAAUAAAAUGGGGAAGCACGAAGCAGGCACGCCAAAGUUCAUUGCUAACAAAAUCAAGGCGAAGGGAUUGCAGAAGUUGAGAUGGUACUGCCAGAUGUGUCAGAAGCAGUGUCGGGACGAGAAUGGAUUCAAGUGUCACACGAUGUCGGAGUCGCACCAUCGGCAGCUGUUGCUGUUCGCUGAAAACGCGCAUCGCUACAUGGAUCAAUUCUCACGGGAAUUUUCGCAGGGAUACCUGAAUCUACUGAAGAGGCAAUUCGGCACCAGACGAGUACCGGCGAAUCGAGUGUAUCAGGAGUACAUCGCCGACAGAGGACAUAUACACAUGAACGCGACUCAGUGGCUCACUUUGACAGCGUUUGUAAAAUGGCUCGGACGCAGUGGACAGUGCGUUGUCGACGAGACUGAAAAAGGCUGGUUCAUAACGUACAUCGAUAGGGAUCCCGAGACACUUGCGGCACAGGAGAAAAAGGCGAAGAAAGAAAAGAUGGACAAGGACGACGAGGAACGACUGAUGGACUUUAUUGACAAGCAAAUAGAAAGGGCGAAACAGGAGACAAAGGAAGAGGAGGGCGAGACAUCUAAGACACCAUUGACGCGUCCCGAGAAUGACACACCUUUGGUCCUUGAUAUAAAGCUAAAACCAAAACCGAAGUUGCUCCCUGUACCACAGAUAAAGCAGGAGAGGGUAAAAAGUGAAGAUGACCAGAGCAAAUCGACUUCGAGCAAAUCGCUCGGUGGAAAGGACGAGAAACUCAAAAGACCCAAUGAUGACACCGAGAGGGGAUCUGUCAAGAAGUUAAAAAGUAACGAUGAUUCUCCUGCGGCUGAAGGCUGGCUCAGGGAAGGCAUAAUGGUCAAGGUGACCACAAAGAGUCUGGGUGACAAAUAUUACAAGGCCAAGGGCGUCGUUCAGUCAGUCGGAACAGACGGUUUUGUUGGUAAAGUAAAACUAAAGACGCCGGAAGAAGUUAACGGGCACGUUAUACGACUGGAUCAGGAAUUUUUGGAGACGGUAAUUCCCGCGAUAGGUAAAGAAGUCCUGAUUCUUUGGGGGAAGCACAAGGGCCUGAGAGCAACGGUGAAGAAACUGCAUAUAGAGCACUACAGCAUAGACGUUGAACUCGAGAAAGACAAGAAGAUUGUGAAGAAACUUCCGUAUGAGCAAGUAUCCAAGUGUAUAGAUUGAGAAGCGAUCGUGUCGAAAAAAAAAAAUACUAGGAAAAAGAUACUGUAUUUUAGCAUUGUCGGUAAUAUCCUAUAUUACAUUCGUCGCAUUAUCUCGAAGAGCACCUGCGUACAACUUUAACAACUGAAUAAGAAAAUGUCAAACUUGUAUAUAAAAUAUGCAUACAUAAAGUGAUACAAAUUUAUAUUACAUAAUUUACUGUAAAGUUUGAAUCAAUCUGGGAAACAAUUUUUUGUGAAACGUAUAUAUUUAAGCCAAGGCACAACUUUUUUUUAUUGAAUACUAUAUAUUACGUUUCAUUACGUAUGCAUAUCAGUGUUUGUAUGUAGAAUACAAUAGAUGUGUGAAAUUACAGUAAUUAGAGAUCUAUCAUCCACACAAAUAAAAAAAAUGUUCUAAUUUAAACAUCAAA